UUUAUUUUGGAUGAGUUAAUCUAGAUUAAUCUAUGCCCAGCACUAAUUUUUUACAUUUUUCAAAAACACAUUCACACAGAAAUUGUGUUUUUAUUGUUCUGUAAAAUAAAUCUCUGUGUCACAGGUUUUGCUGACAUCUAAAAAUUUCAACCCUGAACUGCGCUUGCACUUAUGGGUCCUCUCCGCAUUGUGCUGCUGGGUAAAACUGGAGUGGGGAAAAGUGCAACUGGAAACACCAUCCUGGGUAGAAAGGCUUUUGGAGUACAUUGUUCUCCUGAAUCUGUCACCCGGAAAUGUGCUGCAAACGAUGCAAUAGUGGAUGGCCAGAACGUCACUGUGAUUGAUACGCCAGGACUCUAUGACACAUCACUGAAAGCAGGAGAUCUUAAAAGUCGAAUAGUGGAGUUAUUCAAUAAUUCUGGUGAAGGGAUUCAUGCAAUUCUGUUGGUGAUCAAACUGUGCACUAAAUUUACAGAGGAGGAAAGAAAUAGUGUGAAGUGGAUCAAGGAUAACUUUGGAGAAGAAGCUUCAAAAAACACCAUUGUGUUGUUUACAAAUGGAGAUGAAUUAGAGUACAAUGACAUGAAAAUUAAAGACUACAUAAAAGAAGGGGAAAAUUUAAAAAAGUUAAUUGACCAAUGCAAUAAAAGAUAUCUGGUUUUUAAUAACAGAUCGAAUGAUCGCACACAGGUCACUGAGCUUCUGGGAAUGAUAAGGGAUAUGACAAAGGAGAACAACAACAGCCUUUAUACUAAAAAGAAAUAUGAGGAAGCUCAGAAGAAACUGUUUAUAGCAAAUACUGUAGGGGUCAUAACAGGAGGAGCAGUAGGAGCAGGAGUUGCAGGCGGAACAGCUGCAGGGUUUGGUGCUGCCAAAGGUGUUACAAUUGGAGCUGCAGCGGUUGGUGGUGUAGGUACAGCUGCAGUUGUUGGAGUUUUAGGAGUUGGAGCAGCAGUAUAUACUUAUUUUAAAAGUAAAUCUUCAACUGGAGAGAAGAACAAACAAGUCUGAAGUAAAAUCAUGUAUAUGUAUCAUGUUAUGUUAUGUCAUUGAUCAUUCCCCACAAAAUUGUGGAAAUUUUUUAAAUCUAUAUUAAUUAAUUAUUAAUCAAUAUUUUAUUUCAAUUGGAGGAAAUUAAAAUGAGUGAGUGAAUUGGGACACUGCACUUUCACAUAGUUUGUGCUUGCUGUUUAAUAAUCAUUUGAAACCGGCAAACUUGCAGCUCCAGUAGUAAGAUUAAAGGAUUUAUCUUGAACUCUGUCAUGGAAAUUAUGUAUAAACCCUAAUUAAACUAUUUAAUAAUCAA